AUGCAGUCUUCUUCGUUAAUUUGUCUUUGCGCAUUUGUUGUCAGUGUUCUUGGUAAGAGCAGGUUUACGCAGCCGCCUGCGAAUGGCCCAGAUGGCAAUUACCAAGAUAAUCCGGUCUACGCGCUGGGGAAGCAAGUCGACGUGCAAUGGCAGUCAGACCUCGAUACAAUGGAUCUGAUUCUCUUUGAACAGUACCCAGCUGCUGGAAAGGGUGUACAGUAUCUCAAGAAACUUCGACAAGGUUCAAGGUCGACCAGCCUCAUCUGGACGGUCAGUCUAGACGGACUAAGUCGCAAUGUGACCAAGGGAGAAGACGUGGUGCUUUAUUUCGCGGUCCUUCGCGCAGGAACCCCAAACAAAGACGCCAUGAGUCACUACUUUAACGUUACGCUGCCGGAUACAACGACUUCUGCGACCGGAACGCCUACCGCAUCAACAAUGGUCAUGACGACGAGUUCCAUGACGAAUGUACCUACGAAUACCCCUACGGGCACGACAACCACAGAGCCAGAGAGCUCGGGUGCAAGUUCGGGGUUGUCGAAUGGAGCGGUGGCCGGCAUUGCGGUCGGGUGCACCCUCGGUGGGAUAUUGGUGCUCGGUGGAAUAGGAUUGCUGGCAUGGAAGAAGUUUCGAAAGGGGAAGGGAGAGUCAUCGGAUGAUGUCCAAGCUUCUGAGGUGAAACCGCCGGAGUUGGCUGCUCCUCCUGCUCCUCCUGUUUAUGAAGCACCGGCGACGCCUUUGCAGAGUCGGCAACCGGCUGCGCCUAUAUAUGAGGCUCCUUGA